AUUUGAAGUUUCUACAUGGAUAUUAAUGUUUUAUUUAUUAAAGCAAAGGUACAAUCUCCAGUUUAUGUACAAGCAGCGGGUAUUAUGAAGUUGAAGAAACCACCAAACUAUGAUCAUGUACAGUAUCCAGAAAGAAUGAGGUUACGCAUGAUGGAAAAGAUACCAGAGCCAUUGUCAGCCACUAGAGCCCACUACAAAAUGAGUAAACGGUUGGAACUGAUGAGAGGACCUGAGCAGACCCACAACAGAAUCAUUUAUGGGGAAUAUGGUAUACAGGCUCUGGCAGGUGGACGUUUGAAACCGCAGCACAUUGACAACAUACGUCUUCAAGUCAUUAGAAAAAUGGACGAUAAAAAAUCAUUUGCAUAUUGGCGCUUUGAUCCACCGUGGCAGUCUGUUACGAAGAAAGGUCAAGGGGUCAGAAUGGGCGGCGGAAAAGGCGCUAUAAAGUUUUAUGUUACUCCAAUUAGAGCAAGGCGAAUUAUUCUUGAAAUGGGUGGAGAAGUAGAGUUUGAAGAAGUGAAGCCAAUUCUACAAGUUGUCAUUGAUAUGUUACCGUUUGAAGCGAGGAUUGUGUCAAGGGAAUCUCUGGAGCAGUUAAAUAAAGAAGAAGAGCUUUUAGAAAAAAUGAACCAGAAUCCAUUUACUUUUGAAUAUGCAGCUAAAAAUAACAUGUUAGGAAUAAAGAAAUGGUUAAGUCCAUAUGAUUACUUGUGGUAUGGUAAAUACAGAUAAUUGUAAAUGGACGUUUUUUAGUGCAUUUUGUUUUCUAAUUAAAUUUUAGAAAAAAUAACAA